AAAUAGAAGUGAGAAAGAAAAUGAAAACAAUCACGGCAAUUAUUUUGAAUACAUAAGUUUAUUUAUUUAUUUUUUUUGCCACACAACGUGAGAAGCAGACCACGAGAGAGAGAAAUUUUUGUGGGAAUGAGAAAAGAGAGAUUUUUCUCUUGGGAUCCUCGUACAAAAGACGCGCGCGCGCCCCCCUCCGAAAAUAAGAGAUUGUCUGUGAGUGAAACGCGCGCGCGGACUCUCAAGGUGAAAGGUCGCAUGGUAUUAUCACGAGCUGGGGCGGCGAUAAAGCGAAAGAGAGAAUUGUGUAGCGUAUUAGCGUUAAAUGAAUCAAUGAGGCACCAUUCGUCAGUGCUUGUCUGUGCUCCGUGCCCGAAAGACUUGGAGGUUUUGCGCGCGCGCGUGAUGUUUGGGAAGUUGGUGAUUCUGGGGCUGUGUACGGUGAUCACUGUAUCCAGUCCCACUGCCAGUGAUUUACGAUGGAUUCGGGAUACGCAGGAACUCAUCGAUGAGGAUUUCAAUUUGUGCCAAAAAUUCGACAUUGGUGGCAACUCCUCCGUGAAUCUCGAGGGUCAGAUUACGGUCCUCUUCAAGUGUAUGUCCUGACAAUUAUGUCUUCGACAGAUUUCUCUGUUCGAUGAACUCAGAAAUCGGUUCGAAGACGCUGGAUUCAAAUCAAUUCACUUUGUCGGUGUAUCACCUGUUAACUCACGUCUCCUCGACAUCAUGAAAGACAUCCCCGUGCUGCACACAUCACAACAUGAAAAUCUCCAGAAUAUGAGUAAGAAUCAAGUUUACGUCAUUGAUCACUGUUCCCGCCUUGUCUACAUCAUUGUCCCACCAUGGAGCUUCAUCCAGUAUCCCUAUGUGAAAGCAUCGAUCCUCUCAACGAUCUACGAUGCCCCAUGUGGCUCAUGCAACGUGCCCUACAGAGAAAAUCCCAUCCCUGUGAAUGUGCCAACAUCCACAAGUUCCGAUGAUGUGGAAUCAGUCACAGGGACGAAUCUCAUUGGGGAUUACCUGCAUGAGAAUACAACGUCAGUUCAGGAGUCUUCUGGGGAGGAACUCCUCGAGACAACGACUGAGAAUGCAGCAAAACAGGAUGAUUUGGAAGCAGAGCGUGAUGGUGAUGAGGGAUUUAUUAUUCCCAUUAAAGUAAUCCUUCCCGUGGAGCACAUUCAUCACUUGGGGAAUCAAUCGACGUACACAAAGUACAACUACAUUGUCCUUCGAACGGACAAUGCAACAUAUCAUGGACAUCUCAAUACCGAUCGCGGAGAAAAGUUGACUGUUGAUCAAAAUGCCAUCAACGCAGAUGGAUACUUUCCCUCAGAUAAUAGGGAAGUGACCACAGUGCAGUCACUGAAUUUUGAGGAGGAAAAUGAGAAGGAAUUUGAGGAGGAAAAAUUGAUCUACGUCAACGAUAAACGAGAUCAGUACCAAAAAAUUAAGACCUACAAAAUUCCCAUUGAAAAUGGCCAAAUAACCUUCGACGAGGUCUCUCCGUUGCUCGGAGAAUUCGAGGAAUUCGUCACGGAAGUCAAUUCGACGCAGGACAUCAAACAGAUGGAUGAUCACUAUGAAAAACUUCUACAAUGGCUCGAUUAUUCUCUUUAGUAAGGAGUUUUAUUGAAGUGGAGGAACUCUCGUAGUCUUGUAGAAAAAAAAAUAAAGGAAUGAGAAAUCGUCAAAAAAAAUUACAAUUCUACUGUGAUUAGCUGGGAAAAGUUAGCAAAAAUUUGCCAAAAAAAAUACAAACAAUGACGUCAUUAUUGUGUUUUUGUGGCCUUUAAAUAGAUGAAACAUUCGCUCUAAUGUUUUAUCUGUGAAUUUUGACAAGAUAUUUUUAUGCUUCAAUAAUUGAAAAGGACAACACACAAUUGUGACGUCAUUGUUUGCGUUUUUAGACAAAUAUUGCUGAUUUUUUUUUUAAUUAAUCUAAAUAGAAAAUAAAAAUUAAUUUGGCGAUUUCUGAAUCUUUUUCAAUCUUCUGCAAUGUUUCUAUAUUUUCUCGAAUGAGGUCUUUUAGUUACUUUUUUUUCUGUCUUUCUUGUUUUUUUUAGAGUAGGAUGGGAUUAUAAAUUAAGUCCUGAAUAAUUGGGCUUACAUAGUUUAGUCAAUAUUUUAGUUAAUUAGUUGAGACAUUGACUGUGAGUUCUAGAUGUUUUAUAGAAAACUUUGUUAUUCAUAAAAUGAAGAGAAUUAUUAAUAUUAAAAAGAUUUAAUAAAUAAA